CUUCUCACUGCGCCUCAAAAGCGCGGUCCAUGGUGCGAAAGCCUCCUUUUCUCCGUUUUCCUGCAGGAUGGCAUUCUUCAAAUAUCUCCGCUCUGUUAAGAACGAGCUUAUUCUCUUCUCAGCUCCGUUUCUUCUUCUUCCUCUGCCCUUGGUGAUCGGGACAUCGGAGGCAGAAUGUGCCUAUGUGAUAGUCUUGAUGGCCGUGUACUGGUGCACAGAGGUCCUUCCACUGGCUAUAACAGCUCUCCUCCCAGCCCUCCUUUUCCCCUUGUUUGGCAUCAUGCAAUCCAAAGACGUGUGCAUGCAGUACCUGAAGGACACGAACAUGCUGUUUGUGGGUGGACUGAUGGUUGCGGUCGCCGUUGAGCACUGGAAUCUGCACAAGCGCAUCGCCUUGAGGGUGCUGCUCUUUGUUGGUGUGCGUCCAGCGCUUUUGAUGCUGGGUUUCAUGGGUGUGACAGCCUUCUUGUCCAUGUGGAUCAGUAACACGGCUACCACAGCCAUGAUGGUGCCUAUUGUCCAAGCGGUGCUGGAACAGCUCAACAACACUGAGGCAGAAAUGCCUCAGAUCCUCAGCUCAGAGGAGCAGGUCCAGACAUCAGAGAGUGACAGCAAACAGCCUCAGCAGACAGAGAAACAGAGCGAGGGACAAGGCCCUGUGGUGGUGACUUUCUUAGACACUGCAGUGGAGGCUGCCAGGCAUAAGGAGGCAGCAGAAAAGCGGAGGAUGUGCAAAGGAAUGACCCUGUGUGUUUGUUAUGCUGCCAGUAUUGGAGGCACCGCCACACUGACAGGAACUGGUCCCAAUCUGGUGCUCAAGGGCCAGAUGAACCAACUGUUUCCACAAAACGGAGAUGUGAUUAACUUCGCCUCCUGGUUUGGCUUUGCCUUCCCUAACAUGAUCCUCAUGCUCACGCUGGCCUGGCUUUGGCUGCAGUUUGUCUUCAUGGGAUUCAACUUUAAGAAGACGUGGGGAUGUGGAGCUGUGAAGACAGAGAAGGAGAUUGCUGCCUAUAAUGUGAUCCGCGAGCAGCAUCGUCUGCUGGGGCCCAUGUCCUUUGGGGAGAUCAACGUCCUGGGUCUCUUCAUUUUGCUGGUGGUGAUGUGGUUCACAAGGGAUCCAGGCUUUGUCGAUGGCUGGGCGACAGAUAUCUUCAACUCCAAAGCAGAGUUUGUAACAGAUGCCACCGUGGCAGUCUUCAUUGCUGUCCUUCUCUUUAUUCUGCCCUCUAAACCUCCACGUUUCUGUACAUGGAGGACUCGAAGUUUUGACACAGCACCCCAUCAGACUGCUGGCCCAACUCCACCUCUGCUCACCUGGAAAGUUGUCCAAAAGAAGUUACCAUGGGGCAUCGUGCUUCUUCUUGGAGGAGGUUUUGCUCUGGCCAAGGGCAGUGAAGAAUCAGGACUCUCAAAGUGGCUGGGCGAUCAAAUGACUCCCCUGCAAAACAUCCCUCCCUGGGCAAUUGCAAUCAUUUUAUGCCUACUGAUUGCUACUUUUACUGAGUGCACUAGUAAUGUAGCCACUGCAACGCUCUUCCUACCUGUCUUGGCCUCAAUGUCUCAGUCCAUUGAAUUCAAUCCGCUGUACGUCAUGGUGCCUUGUACUCUGAGUGCCUCAUUUGCCUUCAUGCUGCCUGUUGCUACACCUCCAAAUGCCAUAGUCUUCUCUUAUGGAUACCUCAAGGUUGCCGACAUGGCCAGAACAGGAAUAGUCAUGAACAUCAUUGGCAUCCUGUGUAUCACACUGGCCAUCAACAGCUGGGGCAAGGCCAUGUUUAACCUGGACUCCUUUCCCGUCUGGGCCAAUGUCACUGGCGUGUGAGGCUGGUUCUGCCACAGGAGAUGAUCCAUGCACACCCUGCCCUCCCUAUCCAAAAGUGCCACACAAAGAUCUCUGGUCAGAGCAACAGCACAGGACCACCCAGCAGACUGCAAUGAGUCCGAUUGGCUGUUAGGAUACAAGCCUUACAAUGCUUGUUUUCUUUGACACCUGAGUAUUGCUUGUGAGAGAAAGUGGUGAUGAAUAUGAUUGGGAAUGAAAGAAGUGUGGUCGAAGAAUUAAAUGAAUUUUUUUUUAACUUACAUUCUAUCAUAAUGAAAUUAAACUUUAAAGGAAGACCUCUUACAAUAUGACAGCAUUUAUAUACUGUCAAUAUUCAUAUCCUUUAAGAAAGAGACCCUGUCAUCCUCAGUUCAAGAGACAAAGAUGUUUUAUAUGGUCCCUUAUAGUCACGUCUUAAUAACAAUAAGCCAUAUUAUAUAUAAGAACGCAACUUUCACCAAGUCCAGCACUUAAGUACAGUUUUGAGGUACUUGUACUUAGGAUUUACAUUUUAUGUCACUUCUGUUUUACUUAACAUACCAGAGGGAAAUAUUGUCCUUUUUUAAAUUUAUCUGAUAGCUGUAGAUACUAGUUACUUUUCAUGACUUUGUCAAGAUUUAACAUUGAAAACAUAUCAUGUUAUUUUAAAAUAAGAUAAAUUAUUACAGAUUAAACUACCCAACUGCAUACAGAGUUGUUAUAAUUAGCCCCACACCAACCAGAUACAUUAAAAAUCUGUGUAUGUUUUGAGACAUUAGUAAUAAUCUAGUAAAUUCACCUAUAACAAUAUAACACUGACAACGGUGAUCCUGCUGCCUACUUUUAUACUUUUCUUUUGAUAAAUGUUUGUGUCAAUAAUUCUGUAAAAUAUUGAAUGCAAGACUUUAAUUUGCAAUGGAGUCUUUUUUUAACAUAUAUUUUUUCCAAUUUUUACCCAAGUAAAAGACUUCUUCCACCACAUCUCUUCACAUACACAUUCAAAGUGACAAAGAUGGUGAGUUACAUGAAGCUAUUGGUAUUUAUAUAUAAUGUGCUAAUAUGUACAAAGCAGAGAUAUGACUACAAGUAAACAUGUACUUUUGGCCCCUUGCAUCCAAAUUAACCCCACAACCUGAAUAUAUAUAUAUAUAUAUAUAUAUGAGUGGACAUGAUACUUCCAGCAUCAGUUGAACUUUGAACUGUAUCAUCACAGCAAAAGUAAGAAUCUGCAUCUGCCCUGUUCAAACAUACUGACUUAUUGUACUGUAAACACAUUUUCAAUAUUUCAGUCAAUACAGUAUGUGCUGACACUGUGAAAUGUCUCACUGCAAAAAAUGAAUUCUGUCUGAAUUGCAAUAAAGUGGUAUUUAAUAAUCGCUGUAUAUAUUUAUUUUCUUAAUAUUCAAGAUGUUUACUCUUGUGAAAUGAUGAAUGAGGUAUCUUUUCUGCCUAAAUGACCAGUGGUAAUGAAUAUUUCACUGGCUUGUGACAAACUGUAAAAAUAAAAGACAUGAGAUUUAA